AUGAGUAUUAACGGUGAUAAUUAUUUCGAUGAUGAAAUAAUUUCACGAUCCAAAAAAAAUUUAGUGAAAAGGUUGAAAUUAAUAUGGUACAAUAGAAACAAUUCAGAUUUAGAAUUGUUGAACUAUCAAGAUAUACCCGGUCCAAUUAGUAGUGAACCCAUUGUCAUUGACGGUGGAAGAAAUUGGCUUUCUUUGAGCUGGGAAAAAGCGGAUCAGCGUGGGCCUGUUCCCGUUGUUGCAUAUCGGGUCGAUGCCUGGCAAAUGGGACGAGAAGGUGGAGCACGAUGGAAAGAGCUGGGUAUUACGCCAAUUAAUUCAUUUGAUGCUUUCAAUCUUCGACCUGGCGGUGAAUACAAAUUUCGCGUGACACCAAAAAAUCGUUAUGGAUGGGGCGAAUCUGUUACAAUGAGCGGGACAGCGACUGUGUGUGACGAUGUCGAAAUUCCAGAAUUUACGAAAAUUCUCCCUGGACAACUUAAAGCACUCGAAGGAUCGACAGUCGAAUUAGAAUGCGAAGUUCGUAGUGAUUCUAAAUUUGAUGUAAAAUGGCUUCGGGAAACAACAGAAAUUGAUUCCAGUGACGACUCAAAAUAUAUUGUAAAAAGUGAUAAAGCUAAGUGCUCGCUUAUUUUACAAAAUAUCAAUAAUUACGAUUCUGGUAGAUAUAUUUGUGAAGUUACAAAUAAAGCAGGUAAAGUAUCAUCGUAUGGGCGGAUUUUGGUUGUAAAUGAUCAAAAAAUUUUAAAUGCCGACGAACGCUUAAAGAAAAGGUACGAUACUUAUUGCUUAUAA